AUGGCCAUACCUACAUUACCUAAUGUUAAUACUUUUACACUUGCUCCGAUUAGUGCGGUAAGUAGCAAGGGGAAAAGACACUUUAAGCUUAGGCUUAGGCUUAGGCUUAGGCUUAGGCUUAGGCUUAGACUUAGGCUUAGGCUUAGGCUUAGGCUUAGGCUUAGGCUUAGACUUAGGCUUAAGCUUAAGUUUAACGUCAGAAUAAGGUUUAACUAUAAGGUUAGGCUUAUGUUCAAAAUUAGGCCUAAGCCUAGGUUUAGGUUUUAAAUUAAGAUUAUAUUCUGGCGGAAGGUCAUGCAUAAGCCUAAGUUUAAAGUCAACCUCAAGCAAAAGGUUACACUCGAUAACUCGUUUAUAAUUAUGUUAUACUGUAGUAUAUUUCAGUCCAUACCCCAGUUAAAGGUCGGUUUCCUAAUCCCAUCGAAUGCGUCCACCGAAAUGGGAUUUGACAAUACGGCGGGUGCCAUUAUUGAAGCGCUGAGACGUGCUUAUGAUGAAAGGAUUCUUCCAGAAGGCACUAACUUUACGUAAGCAUCUUAAUAUUUUGUAAGUUACAGUACCCACAUCAAAAUUUGUUCGAUUAAACCAACUUUUUUUUCAAAAAAUUAUAGUAUCCUAUUUUCCCUAAAAAAAAUUAUAGAAGCCCAGUUUUUUUUAAAAAAGUUACAGUAAUCCUAUAUUUCUAAAAAGUUACAGUAACCUAUAUUUUUACAAAAAAGUUACAGUAACUCCUUUUCAUAAAAAAACUACAGUAAGUUCUUUUCUCUAACAAGAAAUUACAGUAACCAAUUUUUUUUAGAAAAAAUACAGGGAUUCCUUUUUUUCAAAAAAAGUUACAGUAUCCCAUUUUUCUAAAAAAAGUUACAGUAACCAACUUUUUCUAAAAAAACUCACGGUAACUCUUUCCAGGUUCUUCUGGAAGAUAGAAGAAUGUGUAGAAUCGACAGCGAUUGGCUACAGUUUCGAAUUAAUAGUCGAAAACCAAGUAGAUGUUCUACUAGCACCACCUUGCAUAGAUGGUGCAAUUUGGCCGGAAAUGUCGCCACUUUCUACAAUCUACCAGUACUUUUAUGGGGUCAAGCUUUUGACAAUGCUUUUACUGAUGUUGCUCAGUUCCCAACCCUUAUGAGCACGUUGCCUAACUUUAAUGAGUACGUUGUUAUUAAGCUGUUCAAGUAAUUCUGUGCUCACCUAAAAAAUAUUGGGAUUAGGAGCACAGAAUUAUUUGAACACUACUAUGAGUUGCAGUAAAAUACGAAAAUUUAUAUAAAAAUGAUUUUUAGCCUAGGAAACGUAGUCUGUGCCACCUUGCACUACUUUGAAUGGGACUCGUUCGCUUUGAUAUACCAAGAGAAUGAAGAUGGUGGAUGUUAUGCUUUUCAGCAGGAUAUGGAGGUAAGAACAAGGGUUUUUGACGAGAUUUGAUCUUAGAGUUAUACUUAAGUUUAGGUCAGAAAUUAAACUAUUUUUGUUUAGGCUUAUAAGUAGAUUUAGGCUUAAGCUUAAUCUUAACGUUAAGAUUAGUUCGAGGCUGAGGCUGGUUUUAGCCUGUGGUUAAGAUUUAGGCUUCUGCUUAAGCUUAGCUUUUGGCAUACACUUAGGCUUGAACUUAGGCUUAAGCUUAACAUAUGCAUAGGCAUAAAGUUGACUGUAAGCCUAAACAUAGACAUAAAGCUCACGUUAAAAUUUGGGCUUAGGCUUAGGAUUAAGCUUAGGCUUAGGUUUAGGCUCAGGCUUAGGCUUAGGCUUAGGCUUAGGCUUUAGGUUUAGGCUUAGGCUUAGGCUUAGGCUUAGGCUUAGGCUUAGGCUUAGGCUUAGGCUUAUGCUUAGGCUUAGGCUUAUGCUUAGGCUUAGGCUGCAACUUUGAUUCAAGCUUAGACUUUGGCUAUAACUUUGGCUUAGGCUUAGUCUUUAGCCUUAAUCUUAGGUUUAAACAUAGGACUAGCUAUAACGUUAAACAUAAUCCUAGGCCUAGACUUACCUGUUGGCUUACUCGUGAGGCUUAUGCUUAUUCUAAAGCUUAGGUUUUAAGGCUUUGGGUUUUUGUAAAAUACGGCUUCGCUUGUGAUGUUUUUAAAUUAUUAUCUUUUAGGACGUCUCAAACGCAGAAGAAGCUUGUGUAAUGUCAUAUAAAGAAGUUGUGGACAGUUGGGUUGAAACUGACAUUAAGUUCACAAUGGAUCAGCUGAAGAGCCGGGCUAGAAGUAAGUUGACUACAAUGAAAAUGGCAAUAAAUUUCUUUGCAAAACAUAAAGUGGCAAGAACUUUCUUUACAAAACUAAAAAUGGCAAGAACUUUCUUUACAAAACUAAAAAUGGCAAGAACUUUCUUUACAAAACUAAAAAUGGCAAGAACUUUCUUUACAAAACAAAAAAUGGCAAGAACUUUCUUUACAAAACAAAAAAUGGCAAGAACUUUCUUUACAAAACUAAAAAUGGCAAGAACUUUCUUUACAAAACUAAAAAUGGCAAGUACUUUCUUUACAAAACUAAAAAUGGCAAGAACUUUCUUUACAAAACUAAAAAUGGCAAGAACUUUCUUUACAAAACUAAAAAUGGCAAGAACUUUCUUUACAAAACUAAAAAUGGCAAGAACUUUCUUUACAAAACUAAAAAUGGCAAGAACUUUCUUUACAAAACUAAAAAUAACAAGAACUUUCUUUACAAAACUAAAAAUAGCAAGAACUUUCUUUACAAACGUAAAAAUACUUUAAAUAUAUUACAGUAAUCCUCCUCUGCUUUGACGACCCAGAACAGCAACGUAAAUUUACCGUGAAACUAUCCGAGUACGGUCUAGAUACUAACGAGUACGUGUACUUGCUGCCAGACACUGAUAUGCAGAACGGUAGGGUAAUUAGGCCUAAAACAACAAAUUUAGAUGUCUUUGGCCAAUUUUCAGACGGACUGACUGAUACACCUUUUUGGAAGAGUGACAAUAGUACACAAGAAGAAGAGGACAGAAGCUGGAAGAUUGCUACAUUAAGUUAUCUUAUCCAUGUUGAUAAGACUAGUGACGUGGCUGAUGUUGAGUAUGACAACUUCAGUAGACUGGUAAGUCAUUGCCUUGCCUUGCCUUGCCUUGCCUUGCCUUGCCGUUGCCUUGCCGUUGCCUUGCCGUUGCCUUGCCUUGCCUUGCCUCGCAACCCAAAGUUCUAGCCCGAAGUCCUAGCCCGAAAGCCCUAGGAAGAUGCCUUAGCCUGAAGCCCGCAACCCUAAGCCUAAAGCCCGAAGCCACUGCCCGACGCGGUAGCCUGAAGCCGGAAGCCCUAAUCCAGAGCACUAGUCCAUCCAGAUCUCUAGCUUUAGUCCUAACCCUUGUUUUAUCAAUAGCCAACAGUUUCUAGCGGGAAAAUGGAGAACGGGCUAGGCUUCAUCAAAAUUUAAGUUGGGCAGGGCCUGAAAAUCAAGGCCCGGCCUGAAAAGCCCGGUCCGUAUGCACGGAAAACUUAAUUCGGUCCGGGCCGGCCUUUAACAAAACUUAAAUGGGAACGGGCUGAAAAAAUGGACCCGGGUUGUUCCUCAUGUCUAGUGCUAUCCAUAGCCAAAGCCCUAGCUCAAAGGUAUAUACGUUUCCUUACGGAUUUACUUUACUAUGAGAUUUACAUUAUUAUAUGGUACACUAUUGCCAAGCUGUUCAAAUAAAUUUGUGCCCCUUCCUAAAGCAAAUUUUUGAUUUUUGAGGGCACAAAAUUAUUUGAGCUACCUAAUAUAACUUUAAAAAAUUUCUAGGUAGUCCAAGACAUGGCCAACUGGCCGUUCUACUGUGAUUACUGUGUAAAAAACCAGCAAUCGGCUUCAAUAUACGCCUCCACUCUGUACGAUGCAAUGUAUCUCUACACGAAGGGUCUUCAACGUAUUUUGAACACGAGUAUUGAGACAAAUGUGUCAUAUCGUGAUGGUAAAGAGUUCAGUAAACAAAGUGGAAUCGAAUUCGAAGGUAAGUCAAUGGCAAUUAUGAUGCAUAUUACAGGAAUGAGUGGUACUAUAGUGCUUGGAGAUGACGGAGUAAGGGACUCGAUUUACAUGAUGUCGGAAUAUAUUGACAAGGGGGCUAGACUGAUGCCUUGGGUGCAGUUUCAGGUCUCUGAGAAUGGCGUGGUAAGUUUUAAAAUUGUGUUUAAGGGAGUGGUUUCGCAUUUCAGUGAGUGAGGGGCGGGGUGAUUUUUUUUGGGGUGGGGGAGUAGCGGUGAAUAAUUUUUUUGAAGGGUUGAGUAAGGGUGGAUAAUUUUUUUUGGUAGGGAUGGGUAGGGGUGGGUAAUUUUUUUAGAGGGGCGGGUAGGGGUGGAUGAUUUUUUUGGAGGGGUGGGUAGGGGUGGAGGUUUUUUUAUGAGAGUGAUAAUUUUUACAAAACAUAGUGGGAGUGUGUUUUUUUUAAAGGGUAGGGAAAGGCAAGUAAUUUUUUAGUAGGGGUGGGUAGGGGUAGGUAAUUUUUUUGAAGGGGUGGAGAAAGGUGGGUAAUUUUUUAUAGGAGUGGGUAUGGGUUGGGUUUUUUUUGGUAGGAAGUGGUAGGGCUGGGUUAUUUUUGGAGGGGUAGAAAGAAGUGUGUGAUUUUUUAAGGUGCGGGUGAUUUUUUCAUAGGCGCGGGAAGGGAAAAUUAAUUUUUUUGCAGGGGUAAAUAAUGUUUUUUGGCAAGGGAGGGGGGGGGUUUUUUUUGGUGAUUUUUUCAAAAGGUGGGUACUUUUUUAUAGUAGGGGGGUGCUUUUUAUGGGAAUGGCAAGAGAGGAAGAUUGUUUUUUUUAAGUGUAAGGAGGGGUAAUAAUUUUUUUGGGAUGGGGGAGGGGGUGGAGAGCUGGGGGUAGUCGUCUUUUUUUGAAAAAAAUAGAGAAGACAGGGACGGUUUUGACGUUUUCAAAAAGUAACUGUAACCCAGGUGAUUCAGAACACAUCGGCCGUGUUUACCAGCCCUGGAGGUAAGAAUGCGAUUUGGGCCAAUCGUAGUGGAUUCAUACCCGUAUCAACCCCAAAAUGCGGUUUUGAUGGAUUGGGAUGCCCUGUGGACAUUUUUGAAGAGUACAAAGGCUACGUCAUCACUGGCAUUACUUUGGCUUCUAUUAUUAUUGUGGCACUUAUCAUGGCGAUGGUUAUGGUUAUACGGUAAGUUUUAAUAUGUAUAUGGGUAUGGUAACUUAGGGUAAGGUAGAAUAGGGUAAAGCAGAGUAGGAUAGAGUAGGGUAGGGUAGGGUAGAAUACUGCAGGAUACUGUACUGUACGGUAGAGUACGCUAGAGUACGGUAAGGUAAGAGCACGGUAGAAUUCAGUAAGGCAAGGUAGGGCCGGGUACGUUAGGACAGCGCAGGGCAAGCUUGGGUACACUACAGUACGGCAGGGUGAGAUACAGUAGGAUAGGAUAAGACAAGGUACACUCGGAUACGGUACGGUAUGGUACGAUAGUAUAACGUAGGAUAGAGUACGGUAGAGUACGGUAUGAUGAGAUUUAGUAGGGCAAGAUAGGGUAGGAUAGGAUAGGGUAGGGUAGGGUAGGGUAGGGUAGGGUAGGGUAGGGUAGGGUAGGGUAGGGUAGGGUAGGGUAGGGUAGGGUAGGAUAGAGUAGGGUAGGGUAGGGUAGGGUAGGGUAGGGUAGGUUAAGGUAGGGUAGGGUAGGGUAGGGUAGGGUAGGGUAGGGUAGGGUAGGGUAGGGUAGGGUAGGGUAGGGUAGGGUAGGGUAGGGUAGGGUAGGGUAGGGUAGGGUAGGGUAGGGUAGGGUAGGGUAGGGUAGGGUAGGGUAGGGUAGGGUAGGGUAGGGUAGGGUAGGGUAGAGUAGGGUAGGGUAGGGUAUAAAAUAUAAUGUUAUAGAGCAAGAAUGAAGCAAGUAGAGGCCAGAAAUCGUCUAUGGCAAGUCUCAACUGAACAUUUGGUCAAGCUGGUUAGUAAGGUAAGUGUAAUAUACGUUACGGUAAACCACCCCUUAUUUACAGAAAAAAGACCUAGAAAGUGCCCGAUCUCUUCAAUCCGGACCCUCUUCUACCUCAACUAAAUUCACUUUUGAUUCUGUAAAGAGCAACGAAUACUUUGUGGUAUACGUACUGAAUGGAGAUCGAGUUAUUGGCAUCAAUUACAAUGUCAAUUUGAUCAAGAUAAGUCCACAUGAUCAAAGCGAAGUGCGAGCGGUAAGCGUAUAUGUAGGCAAGAAAACUCUAGUUGAAAACCAAAUAUCACAUUAAGAACUUUUAAGAUGAGACUACUAGACCAUGAUAAUCUGAACAAGUUCAUUGGAUUGACAACUGAUGGCACUUAUACACUGUCUGUUUGGAGGUUCUGCUCUAGAGGACCAUUGUGUGUAAGUUCUUAUGACAAAGUAGACACGCCUAUUAUUAUUGACAAGCCUAAUCUCUAAGGCAUUAUUUUAAUAAGUCUAGUCUAGUUCAAGCAUAACCUAAAGACAAUGUAUAAUUUCAGGACGUGAUAUCCAGCAACAACAUGAUCACCUCGGAUGGAUUCUUCAUCUACAGCUUGGUCAAGGAUAUUUGUGAGGUAUGUCAAAGCUAAAAACACCUCAAAUCAAAUUAAAAAUGGCAUUUUAGGGCUUGAACUUCUUACAUGGAAGUGUGAUAUCCCACCACGGUAACUUGAGAUCUAGUAAUUGCUUGGUUGAUGAUAGAUGGCAGGUCAAGUUGGGUGACUUUGGACUUAAGUUUAUCAGAAAUAUGAAGGCUAAAGAGCCUAAAGGCAAGUUUUCAACACCCUACUCUACCCUACCAUGCCUUGUCUGUCGCUAUUGUAUCUUUCUUUACAAUGAUCUACCUGCUAAUUCUACCCUAUUCCAGCUUAUUUUGCCCUAUCAUGUCCUACCCGUCUCUGUGUUACUCUUCCUUAUUCUUUUCAAUUCUACGCUAACUUAAUUUGUCUUGUCUUAUCCUACUUCUCCUACUCUACUCUAUCUUACCCUACCUUUCCCUACCCUACUGUAUUCUGCAAUGGAGAAAGAAAGACUAGCCCUGAAUGUAAAAUACGAAAAUUACUGUAUUUUUAUUAUGUUAUGUUACAGUUUAAAGUUUAAGCUAAACUUUACUCACAUUGCCUUUUCAUUAUCUUACUCUGACCUACUUUACCCUACCCUAUCUUAUCCUACCUUACAUUACCUUACUAUAUCUUAUCUUACUGCAGCAACAUUAUAUUUUAUGUUGAAUAUUUAGAAUUACUCUGGACAGCACCAGAAUUCCUCCGAUCAAACGACUUGACUGGUUCUAAGGCAGGGGACAUUUAUUCUUUUGCUAUUAUAGCUAGUGAACUCUUCAAUAUGAAACCAGCUUGGGACAAUGGAGAAGGAAAGGCUAGUCCUGAAGGUAAAAUACGAAGUUUCCUCAUUUUGCUGAAAAAUUAUCAAAAAUUUUCAAAUUUAAAAAAAAAUUUUUUAAAUUUUUGCUCUUGUUGGCCAUAGUAUAUAACAAUUUACCUUCAGAUAUUGUUUAUAUGAUUAAAAAAGGCUCAAACCCGCCAUAUCGACCGAUUCUGGAGAUUGUUGCUCAAGAUAUUUCGCCGGCUUUUGUGAGUUUUUUUUAACUUUAUCCUAGCUCUUCCCUAACCUUCUUCUAGCCCUACUCUAAUUCUGCUCUUAUUCUGCUCUGACCCUACCCUAACCCUACUCUAGCUUCACUAUGGUCCUACCCUAUGUAUAUCCUAGCCCUACUAAUCUAAGGCCAUAAGUAAGGAUGAGAUAGAGCUUAACCGUAGAUAUAGGGAACGGGUGGGUCUACCAUUGAGUCGAAUCAGGCUUGAGAAAAAUUUAGAUUGAGCCGAGCCUAAAAAUUCCGGAAAAGCCCGGCUCGUUUGCACGUAAACUAAUUCAGGCUCGGACCAGCCCGUUUCCAAUGGCUACUGAUCCCUAGUACUAUCCUAACCUUACUUCUAUCAUAACCUUGUCGUAGCCUUACUCUAGCUGAACUAAAUUAUUACUUAAAUUAAACCAGUGAGAAGAAAGAGAGAUUAGUCAGAGAAAGAAAGAAAAGGGAGCUCUCUUCUUUCCCGAGAGGGCUUUCUUUGUGUUUUGAGAGAAACCCAAUCAAAAGACAACUUUUGAUUUUAUAUAAGAAAAGAAGAGAUUUUCUUUUGACUUACUAUAGUCCAAUUGAGGUUGGUAAUUCAUUCAGCUCAAGCGAAUGAGGUCGGAAUUAGAAAUUUUGGAAUGCUUGAUCAUUUAGGUCGGGCGGAUAAAAUUAAAAAAUUUUAUUUGCGUUAGACAUGAGGAACGGGCCAAGCCUUAGUGUUAGGCCCGACCCCAAUAUAAAUUUUUCUCAAGGCCGGCCUGUUUCCCAUGUAUAAUGUGUAACCGGCUUUUAAAGCUAAGUAAAGAGUAGUAUUGUUAUCCUACCCUGCAUUACCCUGUCCUAGUUUAGCCUCCAAGCCCUUCUUUUUUUGACUUCUACUUGACCCGAACCCUAGCUUAGCCAGGCGUAAGCCUUAUUUUGCCACAUUUUAGCCUUACACAAGGCUGAAUGGUAGCCUAGUUCAAGCACUUCUUUGCUUUACUUCUUCUUGACCUAAGCCUACCUUAGGCAGUAUUAAGUUUUUCUCUUUAACCUGAUCUCAGGUUCACAGAUUAAGCUAUCUUGCCCAAACCCUGCCUGAUCUUAUCCAAGCCCUACCUAAGCCUAGCCAAAUUCUACUUGAACCAAACCCUAUUUUGCCUAAGCUCUCUUUUUCUCAACCCUACCCCGGCCCAAAAACUACUUUUUAAACUGAUAUAAGCUCUAAUUUAGCCUACCCUAACGUUGCCCACUCCCUCCUUAAGCCUAUCUAAGCUCUACCUAAGCCUACCCAAGCUCAACUUGAUCCAAAGCCUACUUUGAGUAAGCCUAAGAUCCCUUUUGCUUAACCCUAGCCACGGUCCAAACCUAGACUUGAUCCAAGGCUUACAUUAGCCUAGUUUAACCUUGCUCAAUCCCUACGUGAGCCUAGCGCGUCCCGACUUCGCUCAACCCUAGCCCGGACUAAUUCUUAUCUUCUGGCUUAAACAUAAGCCUUAAAAGCCUAAAUUAGCUUUAAGUAUAAUCUUAUUUAGACCCAUUUGAUUCGAGAUUGCUGGAGUGAAAACCCAUUGGAGCGGCCAAGAAUUACCACGGUAAAAACGUUAUUAGAAUCUAUGAAUACAUCAAGAACGGCCAACCUCAUGGAUCAUGUUUUCCAAAUCUUAGAACAAUAUGCAGUGUCAUUGGAAGAAGAAGUUGAAGAAAGAACAAAGGAAUUGGUCGAAGAAAAGAAAAAAUCUGACAUUUUAUUGUACAGGAUGUUACCUAAGUAAGUGGAAAGAAAGUUUUUGCAAUUUCUUUGUUUUGUAAAGAAAGUUCUUGCCAUUUUUUGUUUUGUAAAGAAAGUUUUUGCAAUUUUUUGUUUUGUAAAGAAAGUUUUUGCCAUUUUUAGUUUUGUAAAGAAAGUUCUUGCCAUUUUUUGUUUUGUAAAGAAUGUUCUUGCUUUUCAGAAAAAAAAAUUUAACUGUUUGGUCCCACAACGAAAACAUCAAAACUAAAAAAUUUUGUUUUUAGACAAGUAGCCGAACGUCUAAAAGCCGGUCAGACUGUAGAACCAGAAUCCUUCGAAUCAGUUACAGUAUACUUUUCGGAUGUAGUUGGCUUUACAUCCCUAUCAGCCAAAUGUACACCAUUACAAGUGGUCAAUUUGUUGAAUGAUUUGUAUACAACACUGGAUUCUAUCAUUGCUGAAGUCGAUGUUUAUAAGGUGGAGACUAUUGGUAAGCCAGCCAUAGAUCAUAGCUUUAGCCCAGAGCCCUAGCUUAGAGCCCAGAGCCGUAGCCCAGAGCCCUAGCCUAGACCCCUAGCUCAAAGUCCUAACUUAAAACCGUAACACACACUGUGUCUUAGCCUAGAGCCCUAGGCCAGAGUCCUAAACCAGAGGCCUAGCCCAAAAGCCCUAGCCCGAAAGCCCCAGUCCGAGAGUCCGAGAACCCUAGCCCGAGGGCCCUAGUCUAGUGCCCUAGCCUUUCUCUAGCUUUAUCUGUAGCUUUAUCGGUAGCCCGUUGUAUAUUCUUUCGGUCUUACAAGCCCAACUUAAGUAAGGCUUAGCCUUUGUUGAACUUGUCCUAAUUCUUCCCUAGUCUUUACCUUGGCCCCGUCUUAUCGUUAGCGUUGUCGGAUUAGAAGGAGAUAUUGCACGAAUUUAGCAAGAGUGACAUAAUUUUUUGAUAUAACUAAAUAGCCUUAGAGAAAUUGCAAGAAUCUGUAUUACGUAAUGUUUUCUUAUGUAAUAUUAUGGCCUUAUAUAACAUUUGCCUCGAUGUAAAACGACCCAACAAAUGACUGCAGGUGCUGGGAUUUGGCUCUAUUUUACUGCGAGAAACCAGCUUUUAUCUGCCAUAUUAUUGUAGUUACAAGUUCUCUAAAAUAAGUAUAAUCGAAGUUUCAGAUUACCAAAAGCCUACGCUAAGCUUAACCUAAUAAAGGAAUAAAGGACUAAGCCUAAAGCCUGAAAUUAAUCCCCCUUAGCCCUAGCCCUGGGAAAAGCCAGCUUAAGCGUUAGAAUAAUCCUGACGUUUAUCUUAAACUUAAGCCUAAAAUUAAACAUAAACUUGAUAAUUAGAAUGAGCUUAAGCCCAAAUUUAAUUUAAGAAUAAGCUUAAGCGUGAAUCUAAGCCUAAAUUUAAGCAUAAUCUCAAUAAUUAGAAUAAGCUUAAGCCUAUGUUUAGUCCAAACCUAAGCUUAAUUUUGGAGCUAUGCCUACGCCUAGUCUUAAGCUUAACCUCAGUUUAAUCAUAACAAGCCUAAGCCUCAACUUUCAAAUACGCAUCACUUUUAGGUGAUGGAUAUCUCUGCGUAUCAGGCCUACCCCAUCGAAAUGGAAAUGAACACGCCAAACACAUUGCCGACAUGUCAUUGUCAAUAAUGAGGGCUAUGAAGUACUUCAAGGUAUUUUUAAUCGUUUUCUCAUUUUAAAUUUUGAAUUUUAAAAAUAAAAUUUUAAAAUUCGAAUUCCGUUUUUAAAUUUUUUUAAAAUUCCAUUUCUUUAGAUACCCCAUUUGCCAAAAGAAGAGCUGCGUAUGAGAAUUGGAAUGCACACUGGAAGCUGUGUAGCUGGAGUUGUUGGUUUAGCCAUGCCUAGAUAUUGCUUGUUUGGAGAUACCAUUAAUACUGCUAGUCGAAUGGAGAGCAAUGGAAAACGUAACAUUUAAUUAAAAAGUCUUAAGGUUAACUGAAUUGAUUGCCAUCUCUAGCAGGCCUAAAAAACGGGCUCACAAACAGGGCCGGGCGCGAGGGGGGGGACGGGGGAGAGGGUACCCCCCCCUUCCCCCACAGAAAAAAAAAUUUGAAAAAAAAGUUUAACGUGGUCCCCCCUGUGAAUUUUCGGAAAAAAAAUUUCGCAAAAAAUCUACCUGUGCCGAUUUUUUGGACCCCUGCCCCAGACCAAAAGUCCCCGCCCGGCCCUGGUCACAAGUCUCGCCCAUAAAGAAUCUUUGAAAGGGGCCGGCUGAGCCUGAACCAGGGCCUGACCUUCUUACAAGUCCAAACUAAGGUCUUUCUCUUGUACCGGUUUAACCUCUAGUGCCAUACUUUAACAUUAUCUGCCCUAAAAAAUAUUUUUCAUUUAUUAUCCGCCCGAUCUCAAAAGAUCAAGCAUUCCAAAAUUUUUAAGUUCCAGCCACAUUUGCAUGAGCUGGAUCAAGUACCAACCUCAGUUGGACUAUGAUAAGUCAAUCAAUGCUAAACUUUCGUGUUCUUGUAUAAAAUCAAAAGUUGUCUUUUGAUUGGGUUUCCUCAACUACACGAAGAGGGCUCUUUUGGAAACGAAGAGAGCUCGCUUCUUUUCUUUUUUUCUCUGACUGAUCUCUGUUUUCUCAAUAGUUUCUUACUCUUGUUGAUGCUUCGGGCUCGCUAGGGUAGGGUUAGGGUAGGGUAAGGUUAGGGUAGGGUGAAAUAAAAAAACCAAAAAAUGUUGCAAAAUGCAUGAUUUUUGAUAAAAGUAGCAUAUUCAGCUAAUCGAAUCCACAUCUCAGCGGACAGUAAUUACUUUUUGACCAAAGUGAUUGGUGGCUAUGUGACUGUAAGCCGUGGAGAGAUUAUUGUCAAGGUAAGCGAAGAAAUUUCAUUUUUAUUUAAAAAUGCAUAGUUUUUAUGAGUUGAAGAGGGAGGAGGAGUGUAAAAAAGUUUUUUGAAGAGUUAGGAGGGGGUACAAGUCUUUUUUAGGGGGGGGAGAGGUAAAAAUUAAUUUUAUAAGAGGGGGGGGUUAAGGAUGGGUGGCGGAGGGGUCAGAAAAAAUAUUUGUGGUUGGAGUUAAGUGGGUAAAAAAUUUUUAGCUUAGGAGUGGGGUAAAAAAAUUUUGAGGGAGGGGGUGGCAAAAUUUUUUUAAGACUAGGCUAAAAAAUGUUUAAACGGAGGUUGAAAAUUUUAAAAAUAAUAGUUUUUUUUUUUGAAAAUGUUCAUUAUUUCAGGGAAAAGGAGUAAUGGAGACCUUCUUUUUACUUGGGUUAGAAAGCGACCAGAACAUACGAAAUUUGAUGGCAGAAGUUGAAAAGGAACAAGUUUAA